UUAUAUUAUAAAACAAAUAUAAUAAUAAUAACAAAAAAAAAUGCUUUUUCAAGGAUAUGAAUUAGAAGUUUUAAUAAAUAAUAUUUUAUUAGAAGAAUAUCUCGGUCCAAGAAAAAAUGUACCGUAUAGAUAUACAAGUCCUAAUUGGGUCGAUAAUUAUCAAACUGGAAUAAGGAUGGAAAGUAAUUUUCUAUAUUACAUCUUUUUACCUACCUCAUCAACUCAAUUCACGGUUCGAGUAUCAUCAUCAGAAGCAUCUUAUUUGAAACCUAUCGUCGCAGAAAUAAGAAUUAAUGGAAUCCCUACAAAUGAAAUGUCAACCUCCUAUUUCCCUUCUUCUUUAAAUCCAAAAGGUUUAUCUUUAGCUGAUUCAGGAAAGAGACAACAACUUUGUACUUUAAAUAAUCAAAAUCAACAAUUAAUUGGUGCUAUUUCAGUAUUUUUUUAUAAAACUGAAUCCCUUUUACAAAAGAAAUCUGAAAUUCCACUUGCUGUUUUACAUUUACAUUAUAGGUCUAAAGAAAUGUUUACGAACUUAAUUCAAAAUAAAGUUAUAAACUUUAUUAUGCCGAUUUAUGAUUACGUUGAAAAUGAUAAAAAUAUUAUUAAAGAAGAAGACAAUUUAUCUUUACAAGUAAUAAAAUCAGAAGAAGGAAAUAAUAUUUAUGAUAAUGUUUUUGGUGAUGAAUCUUUACAGGGUAAUAAUCAAAUACUAUAUAAUAAUAAUGGUGAAUUUCAUUGGAAUAUUCAGGAACAACCAAGAAACUUGGAAAUUAUAGAAAUACUUGAUGAUUAAUUAAUUUAACUUUGUCAA